GUCGCGGGGCUCUUUGCCCGGCAUUGAGGGCCGCUCCUGCAAGUGCCCCCGAGCCUUUUGCUGCCGUAGAGCCCGCUGCUGGGCCGCCCUACCUGGCCGGGUUGUUGUGAACAGCGUGCGAAGGGCCAGGCAGGGGACGCGCCGGAGUCCCCAGAAGGAGCAGGUCUUGGACGCCUUCCUGAGCGGUGCGUUUGGGGUCCCUCCUGGCCACCACAGUCUUUCCAUGGGUAGCUGGGGUCCAGCAGCAGCAGCAGGAGGGUCCGUGGAGAGCUUUGCCGAUGAUGGAUAGCCCUCCCAAGCUGGCUGGCGAAACCCUGAUUGUCCACCACAUUCCCCUGGUGCACUGCCAGGUCCCCGACCGACAGUGCUGCAGUGCCAGCCAGCGGGCCAACCCCUUCUGCCCGCCCGAGGUGGGUGUUACAUGCGCCACCUCCCUUCCUGAGUGGGAUCUCUCGCAGACCGACUCCCUGGUCUACAGCAGCUUGAUCCAGGCUUCGGACGCGGAUCUGGCCCCAGAGGAGGUGGUGGGAGACCCAGAAGGCAAGACCCAAGAUGCGACCGCCCCGGGAGCUAACAAGCGGCAGAACCCGUUCCUGCUGGGGGACAGCGAGUCCCCCGAGGACCUUUACGAGGAUGACCCGGGACAGAAGUCAUUCCACCUCCAUGGCGGCAAGGCCACCUUCCACCUGCACGAGCUGGCCCUGCCCCCCUUCCGCCUACAUGACACCGCCCCUGCGGUGAAGCCCUGGAGCGCCAGCAGCCGCCUGGAUGUCGUGGAGGGCCAGGAAGACCGUCUGGCUGGCGAUGACGCCCGCAAGAAGAGCCGCCUGGCAGCGAACUGCAUGGAGCUGGACGAGUACGGCUGCCCGCGCGGCGGGGACCCGGCCAGCUUCUCCUUUGAGCAGGAGUGGGCCAGCGAUGCCGAGGAGCUGCUGCCCAGCCAGGAGGCGGUGCGCAGCCGGACAUGCAGCUGCUCCAGUUCUGAACUGCAGCGCUGCCGCUGCCACAGCCUCUCGAGCCAGUCGGAGCCCCUGGACCAGCAGAUGGGCUACAUCAGCGACUCCUCCUGCAACAGCUCCGACGGGGUGCUGGUGAACUUCAGCGCCCUCUACCACAAGAUGAACGGCCACGCCCAUUCCAACCUGAACUCGGCCAACCUGUCGUGCGACUCUUCCUCAGACAGCCAUUCGGACACGGGGGCCUUUUACCUGGACUUGCACUCGUCCCCCAUGGAGUCGAAGAUGUCCUGCAAGACGUACCACCCGGACGGCUCGGAGAAGGCCUGCGGCUGCCACCAUUCAUCCUCGCCCAUCCUGGACGCCAACUGCAACUCCUACCUGCCGCCGUGCAACCCCUGCGCCUCGGAGGGCUCGGACCUCACCGCCUGCUUCCAAAGCCAAGCGCGGCUGGUGGUGGCCACCCAGAACUAUUACAAGCUGGUCACCUGCGACUUGUCCUCCCAGUCGUCUCCCAGCCCGGCUGGCUCCUCUGUCACCAGCUGCUCUGAGGAGCAUGCCAAAGCCAGCCCCCUGCAGCCCACGGAGUACUACCUGUUCCAGAGGCCCCCGGCCCGGUCGGAGGGGGGCAGCGACCCCGAGUGCUCCCGGCCAGGCUCGCAGGGGGAGGCAGAGAAGGACGCCAUCGAGGGGCAGGUCUACAUCAACAUUUCCCCUCCCACCCUGGCCAGCGGGAGGCAGCGUUCCCGCAGCUACGACCGCAACUUGGACCGGAGUCCCACCGGCCGUCUGGGCUCGCUGGAGCGCAUGAUGAGCUGCCCGGUCAAGCUGAGCGACAGCCCGGCCCUGGCCGUCCAGGGCUCCUCCCGCAAGCGGGUCACCUCCUUUGCCGAGCUGGCCAAGGGCCGGAAGAAGACGGGCUCCUCUCCGCCGCUGCGGACCAGCAGGGACUCCUCCCUCGAGUUCUCCCCCAUCCCGGAGUACAAGAAGGACGGUUCUGUCUUCCCGGACGACUGGGGCCGGCACAGCCAGAGCCUCCCCCCCGAGUCCUUGUUCCACUCCUUCCACCGCAGCCCCGAAAGUGGAAAGGACCUGCGGGGCAGGGGGCUCCCUGAGCAGUCCUGCCCUCCGGCUGUUGGGGAGGCCGGGGCCCAUCUCGCCAGCAGCUUGGGACAGAAAGACAUCCGGGCCCGAGCGGACGGUGGGGCCGCAGAGAGCAAGGCGGUGGUGCGCUACAGCAAGGACCAGCGGCCGACCACGCUGCCCAUCCAGCCCUUCGUCUUCCAGCACCACUUCCCCCGGCAGGCCAAGGGCCGGGGCCUGCACAGCCACCUCGCUGCCAGCCUCUCGCAGCUCUACAGCCUCUCGGCAGCCGGCAGGUCGGCCGGCCAGCAGCUGUCCUCCACCUCCCAGUCCUCGGCCUCGGCCACCUCCGCGGACCAGCCCAUGGUGGUGGGGGCCCUGGGGCCCGGGCAGCGCUCGGCAGACGGGGCCGCCUCCCUCAGGGACGGGGGCACCAAGAAUCCCGUCCCGGAGACCCCUCGCCCAUCCCCGCUGGGAAGCUACUCCCCCGUGCGAAGCGGCGAGCCUUUCUUCCAAAGCGUGGACUCUUCCUCAUCCUGCUCGCCGACUCCGGAGAGCCACCCUCCCCGAAGCCGGUCCUGCCCCAUCUCUGCCAGCCUCCUGCCCAUCAGGCCUUCCCCGGCCCCACAAGCCGGCACCCACGCCCACGCCAGGCUCACAAAGGAGAGUUCCCAGCCGGUCUCCAAGGGCCCGCCGGAGCAGAGCGGGCUGCCGGAUGAAUUCCAGCUCCAGGGCCGGUCCCUCCCUCCUCUGGUGGCCGAGGGGCUCAGCUUGUCCCAGGCAAGGGCGCCCACUGACCCCAAAUGGAAGGCUGGCUGCAGCGAGCCCGUCGGCGCUGGAUCCGUGGGUCCCACGGGGCCCCGCCCCCUGAACGCCCACCACCUCUCUCCGCAAGCGCUCAAGUGGCGGGAGUACCGGCGAAGAAACCCCCUGGGGCUGGACCGCGUCUCGGGGCUGGCAGGGCUGGCAGGCAGUCUGGAGUGGAGGCGGCAGGAGGGCCGGCUGCCCUGGAGGAACCCCGCCUUUGAGUUCCCAGGGCCGUCCGUGAAGCCGCUGCCGCUCAACUAUUCCGACUUCUUCCCGGACUACUUCUCCCUGGCGGAAAAGCCCCCCGCGGAAUUCUGCCUGUCGCCGGACGGGAACACGGAGUCCGUCUCCAUAGAUCUGCUGCAGAAGAAGGGUCUGGUCAAGGCCAUCAACACAGCCGUGGAUCUGAUAGUGGCACAUUUUGGGACCAGCAGAGACCCUGGGGUGAAGGCAAAGCUGGGGAACAGUUCGGUGAGCCCCAACGUGGGACACCUGAUCCUGAAGUACCUGUGUCCAGCCAUCCGCGAUGUCCUGAGUGACGGGCUCAAGGCCUACAUGCUGGACAUGAUCGUCGGUCAGAGGCGGAACGUCCCCUGGAGCGUGGUGGAGGCCUCCACCCAGCUGGGGCCCUCCACCAAAGUCCUGCACGGCCUGUUCAGCAAGCUCAGCCAGUACCCAGAGCUCACCAGCCACUCCAUGCGCUUCAACGCCUUCAUCUUGGGUCUCCUCAACAUCCGGUCCCUGGAGUUCUGGUUUAAUCACCUCUACAACCAUGAAGACAUCGUCCAGGCGCACUACCAGCCGGUGGGCUUCCUGCCGCUGUCGCACGGCGUGUGCCAGGGCCUCUUCGAGGAGGUGCUGCUGCUGCUCCAGCCGCUGUCCCUGCUGCCCUUCAGCCUGGACCUGCUCUUCGAGCACCACCUGCUGCAGGUGGGCCGGGAGCAGCAGCGGCACAAGGAACUGCUCCGCACCCAGCAGGGCCUGGUGCUCUCGGCCCACUCCACCCUGCAGCUGAUGAGGACCCGGGCCGGCGCCAGCGACGGCGAGCAGAGCUGGGCGGCCGAGGAGCAGGAGGCGGCGGUGGAGGCCCCCCCGGUCGAGGGCGCAGGGCCCCCCUGCAGAGGCAGCGGGAGGGAGCAGGAGGAGUGGGCGGAGCGCAGGGAGGCCGCCCCGGAGCCGAGGAAGGACAAGCAGGCCAGCUGGUGGUACCAGCUCAUGCAGAGCUCCCAGGUCUACAUCGAAGGGUCAGCGGCAGAAGGCUCUUGUCUCAUCCGCUAUGAGCGGAAGAAGAAGAUGGGUGCAGGGGUGCCCAUCAAGCCCCAGGCUGAGGCUAGGAAGGGGCCUCCCCCGAGGGAAGGGGUGGUGGAAGGGGCGGAGGCCUGCCCCAUCACCGAAGGACCCGUGGAAGAGGCCCCCAAAGCGAAGGUGGCCCCAGAGCCGGAGCGGAAGCCGGAGCCCUCGGCCAAGGAGAAGAGCCGCCCCUUCUGGAUGGGGAGCCCCCCAGAUGCGGGGCUCACGGAGCUGAAGCAAACCAAGGAGGGAGAAUGUGGGCCCGCCUCAAAUCGGGGGGCCCCAGAGCCGAGUGGAGCCGGCGGCCCCAGCAGCAGCCAGCCCAAGUGGGGGCGCCUCUUUGGCUCCCGGAAGGUCACCAAGGAGCUCCGGCCGACCAGCAGCCGUCUCCCUAGGAUGCCGUCUGGCUGGCUGAGCCUGGACCGCUCCGUCUUCCAGCGGAUGGUCCAGACCGUGGGGGCCGGCAUGUGGAAGGAGGCGGCCUCGGAGCGUGAGAGGAUUCCGGCAGACUGUGCUGCUUCCUGCCCCAAGCGGCAGCCGCCGCAGAGGUCCCCAGAGAUGCCCUGUGAGGUGAAGGCCCUUUGCCACCACAUUGCCACCGAGGCCGGGCAGCUGAGCUUCAAGAAGGGGGACGUCCUGCAAGUGUUGGGCAAGGUGGAUGCCGACUGGCUGAGGUGCAGCCGAGGGGCAGAGGGCGGUCUGGUGCCCAUCAUGUACGUCACGCACAUGGAAGACGAGGACUAUUGACGGGGCUGGGCGCGAUGCCUGGAAGACAAGGCGGACAGGCCUUCUCCCUGACCCUCGAGGCCCCUCGCUGACCCGGACCCUGUAGGUGUCGCUGACGUCUGGUGCCCGCUUCGCUGCCCGGCUCUGUUGGGGCUGGCAAGGGCACCCUGUGACCGGGCAUCACCGUGCAUGCUCUCCCGUGCUCUGCCUGGCGCCUUGUGGCCCCCUCUGCCCACUGCAUCUCCAGCCGCCGUCCAACGUGAACUGUCGGCUGCAGGACGAAGGCAGCCGGAGCAGGACCGGGGCGGGGGGGGGGGGAGCUGUUGGCAUCUGAUGGGCCCGCCCGGUGGCACACGCUGUUCCUCUUCCCCCCCUGCUGGUCGCUCCGAAACUCUGUGCUAACUUACAUCAACGUGACCUUGCUGUGGAGUCCCGCGGAGCAGCACGUGGGCAGGCCGCGGGGGGUGGGGGGCAAGUGAGCCCCGCUUGGAGCGGGGGAGAUCGUCCGCCCAAGUGUCUGUGAGUGUGUAGUGGUUUGGUAGCAUUCGACAGCUGUUCUGUGGUAGAAGUAGCAGGUUUGGGGGAGUUGCCCCGCAACAGGGGGACCAGGGAUAUGGGGGGAGGGGCCAUGCUGGAAUGGGGGAGGGGGGGUGCUUCCAGACACAGUGGGCAGCUGCCCCCAUUCCCAGGCUAAUGGCCAUGGUUUUUAGGGUUUUUAAGGGAUAUACAAGCAAAGCGAUUGGAAGGCCCUGGUGGCCGCCAGGCAGGUGGAACUGCCAGCCACAUGAUUUUGAGGGAGGGUCUUCUUGGGGUUUAGGAGUGUUCAAUGCCCACUUAGGGGAGAAGUUGUGUAAGGAGGGAGAGCCCCAGCCCUUGGGCACCCCUACAUCUGUGUGGCUAACGCAACAGUAUUAUUGCAAAGACCAGCCGGGGCAUAGCGUCUUGACGGGGACCUCCGUGAUGUUGCAGAGUUUGCUCCUGUGUGUACAUACGGCUCUUACGGAUACGGCGCCGUUAUUUAAUUUGUACUUCCGGCGUUAGAACAGGGUGUCCUGCCUUUAUUUAUUUCUUUAUUUAUGAUGCACAUUAAUAAAAAAAAAGGUGCUGACAA